AUGGGCAACAACUUCGCACGCUUCCUUCCGUUUUCACAGUCCGCCAAGGCGGGGGGCGCGGAGGGGACGCGAGAGGCCCCAGCGCCGCAGUUUGAGGUGGGUGCGGCGCUGGAGGAGGUGGAGCCGGACGUCUACCUGAAGCGGGACACCGCCAUGACGCCGAGCAUCCUGCUCACUGGCAAGCAGUUUCUCACGCUGCAGCGGCACCUCCCCGCGCGUGUGCAAAGCAGACGCUGGCGUCUGUUGUUCUGCAGCGGCCUUCACGGCUUUUCGCGCGUCGCGCUGCAGAACAGUUGCACGAAGGAGCUUAGAAGGGCGCGGGGCAAAGAGCGGCCUGCGAUCUUGAUAAUUUCCGCAGGCAGUGAGGGGAAUAUAUUGCUGGGGGCCUACGUUUCUUGCAUCCCGCAGGCGUCAAACAAGCGGUACGUUGGCACCGAGGAAAGCUUUCUCUUCUGCGUGCCGCCGCCCUCCUCCUCUUCCUCCUCCUCUUCUUCCUACUCCUCCUCCUCGGACGGGGAGCUGUGCAUCUUCACGGCCCCGGAAAAUGCGGCGAAUCACUACUUUAUGCGUUGCGACAAUGGCAGCAUCGCCGUUGGCGGCGGUGGCAAGGGCCCCGCAAUUUUUCUUCACGAUGACCUCGCCACUGUGUCCUGCAGCACCUUCUGCCCCACCUUUGGCCUCAAGGAGUCACUUCUGCUUCUCAACGCGCGGUCGAACGGUUAUUGCGAUGCCGCUGCGGCUGCGGGUUGCCCAAGUGACGUGCGAUUGGAGGGCGGUGAGCCGGCCGCGUCCGUGCGGUCGAUUCAGCUGUGGACCGUAGGCGACGAGUACUUCGUGGCCUCGUAA